UCUCUCCCAAACCCAUUGCAUUGUCUUGAUUUUAUACUAUGUCACUCAAGUGUGUCUCUUGCUUUUGACAUACAAAAGAAUUAAGUUUGGGGGCUUGUCUUUCUGAACUUCUGUUGCUCUAAGGAAGUAACAUAUCUGGUUGUAUUUUGCUGUGGUUGGAUAUUCUGGGGGUCUGAGUUGGUGGUUGAAUUUAACCUUAGUAGGAGCUGAGGUUUGGUGUUGUGCUAAUGUGUGCGGGACACCUCUGAUUGAACCCAAUUGCUUUUUUUUUUGGGUAAGCAAAAAUAUAUUGAAAGAGAGUACUAGGGGUACUCUAACCCAAGUAAAGAAGGAUAAAUACAAGAGGUACAGGAGAAAACCAAAGCAAAGAAAACAAAAAAACUGGCACCGAUUCCAGCCCACUAACAGAUACAAAAAAAUAGAUUUUCAAAGCAUAGGCAUUGCUGCUAUCUACUAUCUGAAGAUGCCUAUUCAAAUAUCACAAAAUUCCUCAACAAUUCAGAUCAAAAUCAGUAAGCAGUAAUUAUGUUUUGAAGUUGCAUCUGUUAUGGUGAGGUUGUCCUUCACCCUUUCAUUGGCUGGGUUCUUUGUGCCUUUAGAUUGUAGGGCUUGGGUGACUAUCCAUUGUAAUUUAAGGCUUAAUGUUUUUUAUUAAAGUUGGAGGAUUCAGCGCAAGUGUGGGAAUGGUUUUUCUAAUGUCUCCUUAGUUUUUCUUUUUCUAUUUGGCUUAUCUUGCAACUUAUUCGUGGGAACCAUUUGCUGAUUAAUUAUGUUCAAUGUAGAUUUAAUUUGAUAGAUUGAGAAAUAUGGAUCGAGAAUGGAUGUCUGCCAAUCGUUUGUCUCAGGAAUAUGAGGAUGGAGUGAAAAUGUUUAUUAGGUUUGCAGUUGAGCAUGAAGAAGACCCUACCAGAAUUGUAUGCCCUUGCUUAAAAUGUUGUUUUGCAAAGCGAAUUAGUGCGGCUGAUUUGGAAGAUCAUUUGAUAAUGUAUGGAAUUGAUCAAAGUUAUAAAUGUUGGACAAGGCACGGAGAACUUGUCACAAUCUGUACCAAAGGAUGAGUUACAAGACGAUCCCCGUCAGGACAUACUUGCUAGAGCAUUAAAUGUCCCUGAGUACCCUGGUCGUGUCAGGGCUGCAGGGCUGCAGGGCUGCAGGGCUGCAGGGCUUGGAGUUUGCCAAAAACGAUACUUCUUGGGUAAAAAGCGCAGAAGAAAGAAUCCUACCGUUGAGGAAAUGGAUGACUUAAAAGCUCAGCUACAACAAAUGAAAACUAUGAUGUGUGAAAUGAGCAAAAAAUUGAAUGAUAAAGAAGCAAUGGACAAACAACAAUCUGAUUUGGUUGUUGCUAGUGUUAAAGAUAGUGCUUCUUACCACAUUCCUAAGGGAACAUCUCCAUGCGAUUUAAAGUUGUCAACCCCAACACAUCGCGUGGUUGGGAAGGGGCAAGUAUUUAAUGUUGAAGGAGCCACGUUACAUAAUAAGUCGUUGCCGCUGAACCAUAUUAAGGUUCUUAUGGAGAUUGCUGUUGAGCCAAAUGCAAAUUUGCCAGUACCCGAUGAUUAUGAAGGCAACACAAAAGUUGGUCAGGCAAUUGGAACAUUUUUAGCUUGGCCAAUCAACCUCAUUGGUCUCUGCAAUACGAAACCUACACAUGAUAAAGGAAAGGCUGACCUGCCGACCAAUACAAGUGAAUCAAUUUCAACACCUAAAAAGAAGAAAAAGAUUGACUCCAAGAAACCUUCCCCUGCAAAAAAUUCAUUGUUUGUGAUGCCUAGAAAGAAACCAGGAGUGUCGAAAAUUCAAAAGCCCUUUCCUGCACAAAAGCCGACAAUUGUGGCAUCUAACAAGAAACAAGGACAGGUGAAUAAUCAGAGGCCCCCUGCGCAGAAGCCCUUCCACGGAGUUGGUGAGACCACCCCACAUUGUACUUACCUUUCUAUACAUGUUGGUAAGAUGGACCCUGACCACCCACGACACAUAGUCAUGGAAGAAGAAAUAAUUGGUCAACCAUAUGAUGAAUAUCUUGGUGUAGAUCAAAUGAAUGAAGUUCUUUAUCAUAGGUGGCUGAGUGCCUCUGUUAUAUGCACAUAUGUCAGGUACUUGUAUUAUGAGUUGAUACUUAAAACUCAAAAGACCAGUCGAUUCUCAUUCAUGAGCCCACAUCUUACAACACGUUCUCCAAGAUGGACAAUCACAAAAUGUUGCUAAGGUGCUCAGUAACUCUCAAGAGGAAGGAAAAAUGUUUCUAGAACCUUGUAAUGUAGAGAAUCACUGGGUGUUGGUUGUCAUCAACCCCAAUUCCAAACUAGACACUAUCUAUUAUUUGGAUUCUAUGCAUGGUACUCCCAGAGAUUGGCCGGGCAUGAAGGAAAUAUUUAACAU